CCAGCGCCAAUGGCGUGCGACAUCCAUGGCUUCGCAACAAACACGCAAGAAUUGGCAUUGGGCUGUGCUGUGUGUUCUGACAGGUGAACGCGAAGGUUUUGGAUCCUGGAACGGUCUCGGCACACGUCCGUCAUGGCUUUAAGUUUCGGGAGGCGAAGAUUUUCGAUUUUAAGAACUAUGUCGAGCAGAUGGAUGCGCUCUGCGCGGGAAAUCAGACGCUCCGAGUCCUUUACAAAGAAGUGGCGGAAAGCAAAACCAGUUUCAGCUUUCCCCGCGAAGCCUAUGCGAAGAGAGCGGUCUUCCUAUCCACGGAGGAUCCGCUGGUUGUGGUGGAGGCAUUGAAACUGUGUGCUGCAAAGGAUCCUUGGAAGGUGAUCUACGCCAAAGCAGACCGGAACAACAAGGAUUCCUGGUUCAGUGCGGGAAGAGGAGAAGCUGCACGAAGAGAAGUGAUGCUAGCAAUGAUGAAUUUGGAAUUGGCACUGGAGGCAGACGCCUGGGUUUGCACCUUGACAUCCAACUGGUGUCGCUUGAUCGAUGAACUGCGGAUGACCAUUGCCUUGAAGGCUUCGCAUCCAUACCUCAGCUUGUCCAAAGGGGCCAAGAUCUGUGAGAAGCGCUUGCCUCCGAAGCCCGAAUGUUACCUGGACUGGUGACGUCCGAUCUGGCGCUGGAAAAA